GCUCUCCCUGCUCCGUGGACGUCGCCAGCAGCACAGACAGUCCAUUACUCCAUCGCUCUGUGAGCUGCAGAUGCUUGUCUUGCUGUAGUUUGUUUACCUCAGCUUGUUGUAUUUGUUAAAAAGCCAAUAAUGGAAGGAAACGUUUGCAGCCUCCAGGUUCUGCUUUGGGCAGCCGAGUUCGUGGAGAGGAAAAGCCGAGAGGCAGAACAUGGAUAUGCUUCCCCUCCGCCUGUAGGCGAAGGUAAUUUCGAUAAAAUAAGCAAACAGAAGAACAAGAAGAACUCUGCUGCUGGUGGUAAAAGGACGGUUCAUAAUGAGCUGGAGAAAAACAGGCGAGCUCAGCUGAGGCACUGCUUGGAGCAGCUGAAAAAGCAGGUCCCUCUCUCUUCAGACUCCAUGAGGAACACCACCCUGAACCUGCUGAGACAAGCCCAGCUUCACAUAAAGAAGCUGCAGGAGCAGGACGAGUGGGCGGAGCAGCUGAAGGACCGCCUUCGCUGGGAGCAGAGGGAGCUUCGGGUUCGGCUGGAGCAGCUGCAGCGGGGAACAGAGAGGAUGAGGAACAACAGCCAGGGGUCCACCAUGUCCUCGGAGAGGUCGGACUCGGACAGAGAAGACGUGGAGGUGGAUGUGGAAAGCAUCGUGUUUGACUGCGUGGAUUCUGACGGGCUCAGUAUAGCACACAUGGAUGCAGACCACAGUUACUCCAGCCUGGACCGGUCCUGGCUAUGACCGCCGUGACCUAAGGUCUGUCAGGUGUAUGGAGGGAAUUUGGUUUCCUUUUUAAUGCAAGCAAAGGCAUCAUUUUUUAAACUGAAACUUAAAAAGAAGGCA